AUGACUUCGAAGAGAGGGAAUAAUCUGGCUUCGGGAUCUGACCAAAAAAGGGCUAGAAAAGCAAAAGACAUUACAUUGACCAAAGCCAAUAUUCAAAAACUAGAAGCAGAGACUAAGAAAUCGCCAAAGUACUUUAACAAUAUAGCAAGGCUUUUGCAGCACUUGAACAAUUUGAUAUAUGAAAUUGAGGGAAAUGAAUCUUUGGAUGAUGAAAAGUUGGAAUCUAUGCAAAGUUUAGUUGCUUCUCUGACAAGAAUUUUCACUUGGCUACUUUCUAAGAAGCAGCUUCAGCUCCGGGGUAGUGACACAAAACAACAACAAAUAGUUUCUGGAUGGCUUCAAGCAAAGUACUCCGAGUACUUUGAUUCGAUAUUCAAGAUUUGGGAAUACAGUAAUAACAAAGAUUUUGUUGCACAGUUUCAAAUUUAUGGUUUGUCAUCUGUGAUGAACAUAGUAAAGGCAGAAAGUAAAUAUAUGGCCCCGGGUGAAGACCAGCCAUUCUUUGCUACAAAUACGUACGAUAGGAUUGUGCGGGCACUCAUAAUAAGUGGAGACAAGCAGAACAUUAGGGGAUCCGAUUACGGAAUUGACAAUCCACUAAUACUAGAGUUCUACAAACAGUAUUUUAAUGCUUUCUGGGACGUGAAGUAUUAUUUCUUUAGACAGUUGAAAAUCUCAUUGGCGCAGGUUCUCAAAGACAGAGAAGACAAAUUCGAUAUGGUGCUUGCAAAUUUAAUCACGCUGGUUAAAAUAUCAGAGAUGUAUCCUAAAAUGGAUGUAGAUUCAUAUACAGACACUACUUUGGUGCAGGAUGUUCCUCAAAAAGUUUCUGAUCUCAGCACAUUCAGGUCGAACUUUGAAAAGUCGUGGAUCAUUCUUUUGCAAUCUAAAGAAUUAUCGGUGGAUCAAUAUAAAGCAAUUCUUUUCAUACUACAUAAACGUGUUAUUCCAUUUAUGAAUAAUCCUACAAAGCUAAUGGACUUCUUGACAGACUCAUACAACUUAGGAAUAGAGGAGAGAGACAUCUCGCUUUCUAUUGUUGCAUUAAAUGGCUUAUGGGAACUCAUAAAGAGAUUCAACUUAGAUUACCCAGAUUUCUACACGAAGCUAUAUUGCAUUUUAACACCAGAACUUCUUCAUUUGAACAUACGUUCCAGGUUUCUUCGUAUGCUUGAUCUCUUUAUGACAUCCACACAUCUUUCUGCAACAAUAGUUGCUUCCUUUAUUAAGAGACUUUCGCAAUUAGCAUUACGUUCGCCGGCCCCCGGGAUUAUUGCCAUAAUUCCAUUCGUGUACAAUCUUUUGAAAAGACAUCCAACAUGCAUGCUUUUAAUCCAUAAUAUCGAAGCCUCAAAGGAGAAGUAUUAUGUUGAUCCAUUUAAUCCGGAUGAAAAAGACCCGGCUAAGACCAAUGCCCUAGACUCAUCUCUUUGGGAACUGGAGACGAUGAUGAACCAUUACCAUCCCCAAGUUGCAUCAUUGGCAAAGAUUCUCUCACAACCGUUUUCUAAGAACAAUUACAACAUCGAGGACUUUUUAGAUUGGAGUUAUCAGAGAUUGCUUGAGGGGGAACUAAAGAAGAAAGUCAGAUCGGAAAUUGACUUAGAAUUUGAGACAUGGGACAGACUUUAUGGUGAGGGUGGUUUCAUGGAAGACUACCAGUACUAA